AUGUGGGUAAAGUUUGAAGAAGUACUGCUGGCAAAUGCACUAUGGGUGACAGAACGUGCAAAUCCUUUCUUUGUGCUUCAACGAAGAAAAGGAUAUGGAGGCGGAGGUCUCACGGGCCUUUUAGUCGGAACGCUUGAUACAGUCUUGGAUAACAAGACACCCCCAUACAGAAUUUUGCAUCAGACACCAAGUUCUGAAGUCAGUUACACUAUAGCAAUAGCGAAUAACAAAAAAGAAAUCCAUAGAGAUUGGGAAUGGCUGGAACAGAAUAUGAUGGUCACCCUUGGUGCAUUUGAAAGUGAAGAAGAUGCAACAGAAUUUGUGAAAUGCAAAGUUGAAAGUAUCUUAGCAAAUCGAGAAACCUCUAAAGAUGUUGAUGAUGAGACAGAAAGAUUCAAAGCUGCCACAAGGAAAUUUCACAAACUUUUUAAUAUGCCUAAAGAAGAGAAACUUGUUAAUUACUAUUCCUGCAGUUAUUGGAAAGGCAAAGUUCCUAGACAGGGCUGGAUGUACCUUAGUGUUAACCAUAUUUGUUUCUACUCCUACCUGAUGGGUAAAGAAGCAAAAUUGAUUAUCCGAUGGACUGAUGUCACUAAACUUGAUCGAGGAAAUAACAUGAUUUUUCCUGACAGUGUCAAAGUGUCAACAAGAGAAGCUAAUCACUUCUUUUCAAUGCUGUUACACAGUUCGGAGACAUUCAGGUUAAUGGAGCAGCUCACAAAUAUGGCAAUGAAGCAAUUAAUGUCUGAAGGUGGAUUUGAAGAAGACAAAUCCCUCUUACUUCGAACAAAAAAAAAGACCUCAAAAAAGAUUUCCCUGCUGAAAAGAGAUUUAGAUGCCAAGGCUCGAAGUGAGGCUUUCAGAGCUGCCUUCCAUUUACCUGCCCAUGAAAAGUUAGAUGGAGACACAGACUGCAUGUUAUGGACCCCAUACAAUAAACAACAUGUCAGUGGAAGACUCUAUCUUUCUCUCAACUACAUCUGCUUUGCCAGUAGAAUUCGUGACCAAGUAUCUGUGAUAAUUCCCAACCGAGAAAUCUUAGUUGUAGAGAAAAUUGAUAGUUCGCCUUCUGGGAAUGUGAUAAGCAAUGCUUUGCUAAUCACCACAAAAGGAAAAAUGAAUUUUACAUUUGCUCAACUUCAAGACAGGGGAGUGAUAUUGGACAAAAUUUCCUUUUUCCUUUACAAACAGCCUGGCAUCAAAGAAGUGAGUGACGUGGGAAAUUCUGAAAAUGUGCAACAGAAAGAAGGAAAUAGCAAUUUCACAAUGCAGCCUGCUCUUAUCAGCUUGUUUAACAGAAGAGAUUCUGAUGAGCUGACCAAUAAAGAAAGCAUCAAACAACACUUAUGGAAUAUUCACUUCUCCGAAUAUGGAAAAGGAGUAUGUAUGUAUCGUACUUACAAAACUCGUGAAUUAAUCUUAAAAGGAGUCCCAGAUAAUUUGCGAGGUGAAAUUUGGAUGACAUUUUCAGGUGCUGUUAAUGAUAUGGCUAUGAAUCCUGGUUAUUAUGCAAGUAUGGUACAACAGAGUGCUGGGAAAAAUAAUAUUGCCACUGAAGAAAUUGAAAGAGACUUACACAGAUCACUUCCUGAGCAUCCUGCAUUUCAAACAGACUUGGGUAUCGGAGCUUUAAGACGAGUGUUGACAGCAUAUGCAUGGAGAAAUCCUACCAUUGGUUACUGCCAAGCAAUGAAUAUUGUCACCAGUGUUUUACUUCUUUAUGCCAAUGAAGAGGAAGCAUUUUGGUUACUCACUUCACUCUGUGAAAGACUGCUGCCAGAUUAUUAUAAUACCAAAGUCGUUGGUGCUUUGGUUGAUCAAGGUGUUUUAGAAGAACUCCUUAAAGAAAAUUUACCUGACCUCCAUCAACGACUUGAUUCUAUGGGAAUUUUAGGGAUGAUAUCUUUAGCUUGGUUCCUGACAUUAUUUCUAAGUGUCAUGCCUUUUAAUUGUGCUGUCAACAUCCUUGACUGUUUCUUCUAUGAUGGAGCAAAGGUGAUUUUCCAAAUUGCUCUGACCAUUCUUGAAAAUAAAAGUGAAGAGCUGCUGAAUUGCCAUGAAGAUGGUGAAGCUAUGACUGUUUUAACAGAUUAUCUGGAAAAUGUCAGCAACCCUGACUCCACAAUGCCUAUUGUGAUGCACACUUCCUCAAUGUCAAGCUCAACAACUUCAUCUACCCAGUCAUCUAUAGAUGUUGCUGAUCUAAUAGAAGAAAGCUAUCGUCGCUAUAGCCACAUAACAAAUCAAGACAUUGAGAAAUUACGAUUAAACUAUCGCUUAAAAGUAGUUCAGUAUUUUUAUAUUUUGCCACAUUUUAUUUAUACUUUUUUUUUUAAAUCUUUGUACAUUAAACAUUUUUCUCGCUUUCUUUUUUCUCGCUUUCUCUUUCUUUUUUCUCGCUUUCUCUUUCUUUUUUCUCGUUUUCUCUUUCUUUUUUCUCGCUUUCUCUUUCUUUUUUCUCUCUUUCUCUCUUUCUUUUCUCUUGUUCUUUUUCCUUUUUUCUCUCUCUCUCUCUUUUCUCUUCUUUUUUCUCUCUCUCUCUUUUCUCUUCUUUUUUCUCUCUCUCUUUUCUCUUCUUUUUUCUCUCUCUCUUUUCUCUUCUUUUUUCUCUUCUCUUUUUCUCUCUCUCUUUUCUUUCUCUCUCUUUUCUCUUCUUUUUUCUCUCUCUCUUUUCUCUUCUUUUUUCUCUCUCUCUUUUCUCUUCUUUUUUCUCUCUCUCUUUUCUCUUCUUUUUUCUCUCUCUCUUUUCUCUUCUUUUUUCUCUCUCUCUUUUCUCUUCUUUUUUCUCUCUCUCUCUUCUCUUCUUUUUCUCUCUCUCUUUUUCUCUUCUUUUUUUCUCUCUUUUUCUCUUCUUUUCUCUCUCUCUUUUCUUUUCUUUUUUCUCUCUCUUUUCUCUUCUUUUUCUCUCUCUCUUUUUUACUUUUCUCUUUUUUCUCUCUCUCUCUUUUCUCUUCUUUUUUCUCUCUCUUUUCUCUUUUUUCUCUCUCUCUUUUCUCUUUUUUCUCUCUCUCUUUUCUCUUUUUUCUCUCUCUCUUUUCUCUCUUCUUUUUUCUCUCUCUCUUUUCUCUUCUCUCUUUUUUUUUUUUCUUUCUUCUCUUCUCUCCUUUUUAUUUCUCUCUCUCUUUUUCUCUCUUUUUCUCUCUCUCUCUUUUCUCUUUUUUUUUCUCUCUUCUUUUCUCUUCUCUCUUUUUUCUCUCUUUUUUCUCUCUUUCUCUCUUUUUCUCUCUUUUUUCUCUCUCUCUCUCUUUCUCUUUUUUUCUUUUUCUCUUUCUCUUUUUUCUCUCUCUUUUUCUCUCCUUUUUCUCUCUCUCUUUUUUCUCUCUCUCUCUUUUCUCUCCUUUUUUUUCUCUCUCUCUUUUCUCUCCUUUUUUUUCUCUCUCUCUCUUUUCUCUCCUUUUUUUCUCUCUCUCUCUUUUCUCUCCUUUUUUUUUCUCUCUCUCUUUUCUCUCGUCCUUUUUCUCUCUCUUUUCUCUCGUCCUUUUUUUCUCUCUCUUUUCUCUCGUCCUUUUCUCUCUCUCUUUUCUCUCGUCCUUUUUUCUCUCUCUCUUUUCUCUCGUCCUUUUUUCUCUCUCUCUUUUCUCUCGUCCUUUUUUCUCUCUCUCUUUUCUCUCGUCCUUUUUUCUCUCUCUCUUUUCUCUCGUCCUUUUUUCUCUCUCUCUUUUCUCUCCUUUUUUUUUUCUCUCUCUCUCUCUCUCGUUCUCUCUCUCUCUCUCCUCUCUCUCUCUUUUCUCUCUCUUUCUCUCUCUCUCUCUUUUUUCUCUCUCUCUCUCUUUUCUCUCGUUCUUUUUCCUUUUUCUCUCUCUCUCUCUCCUCGUUCUUUUUUUCUCUCUCUCUCUCUCUCUCCUCGUUCUUUUUUCUCUUUCUCUCUCUCUCUCUCCUCGUUCUUUUUUCUCUCUCUCUCUCUCUCUCCUCUUCUUUUUUUCUCUCUCUCUCUCUCUCUCCUCGUUCUUUUCUCUUUUUCUCUCUCUCUCUCGUGCUUUCUUUUCCUCUCUCUCUCUCUCUCGUGCUUUCUUUUCCUCUCUCUCUCUCUCUUUUCACUUUUUAAAUAGCUUAUCUCCUCAAGAUAACAUUGAAGAUAGCACAAUGAAAAAUAUUCUUCGUAGUGUAACUUCAGAAACAGUUUUCCAAGGCAAAGAACUUGAAGACUUGUAUGUUCUCUUCCGGGAGGAAUACCUAACCUCAUGUUAUUGGCGCACUAGCCAACAACCAGUAGAUACAAUCGACAAGUUUGAUCCUUCCCGGCCUUACUAUGAACAAUAUAAAGUAGACUUUGACCAAUUCAAGACAAUGUUUCUGUCAUUGUGUCCUUGGGCAACUGGUAUCCAUGCAGAGACUAUGGCAUUAAGGGCAUUCAGAUACCUGGAUGAAAACAAGGAUUAUAUGAUCAAUUUCAAAGAAUUUGUCUGGAUAUUGGGGGUUGUAUGCAAAGGGGAAUUAGCAGCCAGAUUAAAACUAUUAUACCAACUCCAUCAACCACCAGCUUUGCUUGGUUCUGAAACAUUGGAAAUAGAAACCCCAAAAUCUACAUAUUCUGAGACUUUAUUCCCCAACAAUAUCUACCACAUAUAUGAUUCUACAGAAAGUGCAAUAGAAGCCACUGAUUUCUUUGAAGAGGAAGAAGAGAAAGAUUCAAGUAAAGAUGACCUUGAACUUCCCUCGGCCUAUUCUGAAGAGCUCUCCCUCUCUGAUGACAAUCCUCUGCAAGAUGGCUCUCCUACAAAAAUCUUGACUUCCCAUGAUCCUCUAGAUUUGGAAAAAGAUCUACGGGAGCGGCUAAAGCUGGAAUCUCUCUCUCCAACUGAUAGUGAUACUAAUACUUUGUCCACUGACCACUUGGAUAUAGAAGAAGCACCUUCUGAGGCUACAGCUAGUAUUGCCACUAGCACAUCAAAAGAGAGCAUGUCCUUUAGUGGCAUCCACCAACGCUCUGUAUUGGAUAUCAUUCGGCAGGAUAGUAAGGCAGAAUUCAGGAAUGUGCCUCGUCUCAACCAGGAACAAUUUAUCCAGCUUUGGAAAACCCUGUACGACAUGUUUUCAAAUCACCCAGACGAACAACAUCUUUAUCAUUCCAUUGCCAAUGUAGGAACGCUGCUACUCGAGAUUGGAGAAGUCGGCAAAAAGUUCUACUUAAAAGGAAUCGACACUGAUGACGGGUUGUCAGAGUCGGAUGAAACACCAAGUGAAAACAGUUCUGGAGUAGACAACAACAACAAAGUCAACAUGUCAACCUCGGUUGCAACAUCAGACUCUGUAUCGACCUUUAACUCUGAACUAACUGCAGAUGUCGGAAAAGAUGAAGAGAAAUCUAUCGAUAGCGCUGUCAUGAAUGAUAACGCUGUCUCCGUGGACGGCAGCAGUGGGGGUAGUAAUUGUGGGGAGGACAAACCAGACAAUACUUCAGAAAGGCCUCGACAUAUGUCCGAAACAAGUGACUCGUCAAGCAAACCUGAUACUGACUGGUUGAUCACUUUUGAACAAUUCUUAGCAUCUAUGCUCACUGAACCUCCUGUCGUGAAAUAUUUUGAACAAAUGGUGAACGUGAGUCCUCUGGUCCAAACUCUGCGUAACCGACGAUUAGCAAGACACACCAGCAUAGCACCUUCUCAGACACAAAAAUAA